AACAUUAAACCGGAUGUUUCAGAUUAACGCGUAGUUAUUUAGCAUGACUGACGGAGUUGGAUGAGGAGAAGAUUAUUACUUCAUUUCUGUCAUGAACUGAAUGAAUUGUUUGUUUAUAUAUACUGGAUUUGAUGACAUAAGAUCUAGAUUAAAUCUGACGAAUUUCCUAAUUUGUGAUAUCCCUAAGCGACUGACGCUUUAAAGCGUCUUUCGUUAGAUUGCUGACAAAGCUAAAACUUUAAAAAAUGACGGUCGCAGCUGGAUACACUGGAGACUCAAACGCCCCGUUAAGAGAUGUGAAAAAGAUUCAAUUUGGAAUACUGGGUCCAGAAGAAAUACGUCGCAUGUCUGUCACAGACAAUGGAGGUAUCAAAUAUCCAGAAACAAUGGAAGGGGGACGCCCCAAACUUGGUGGCCUUAUGGAUCCCAGACAAGGUGUGGUAGAUAGAACUUCCAGAUGUCAGACCUGUGCUGGCAACAUGACAGAAUGCCCUGGUCACUUUGGGCACAUCGAACUUGCCAAGCCAGUGUUUCAUGUGGCAUUCUUGACAAAAACAAUAAAAAUUCUCAGAUGUGUUUGCUUUUUCUGUUCCAAACUGCUUAUGGACCCAUCACACCCCAAAAUGAAAGAUGUUAUCAGUAAAUCCAAAGGUUACCCUCAAAAGCGUUUGGCACAUGUUUACAAUCUGUGCCGAACACGAAAAAUUUGUGAAGGAGGAGAUGAAAUGGAGAAAAGGAAAGAGGAGGAGGAAGGUGGAGGUGAAAACCAAGAAAAUGAAGCCCCUAAGAGUCAUGGAGGUUGUGGUCGUUAUCAGCCCAACAUCAGAAGAAAUGGCCUGGAACUUAUGGCUGAAUGGAAGCACACCAAUGAAGAAUCCCAGGAAAAAAAAAUCCAAGUCACUGCUGAGAGGGUGCUGGAAAUCUUUAAGAGGAUCACAGAUGAGGAGUGCAUAGUACUUGGCAUGGACCCUAAGUAUGCACGUCCUGACUGGAUGAUUGUCACAGUGUUUCCAGUGCCGCCUCUCCCUGUCAGGCCAGCAGUAGUUAUGUUUGGCUCAGCAAGAAAUCAGGAUGACUUAACGCACAAACUGUCUGAUAUUGUGAAAGCCAACAACCAACUAAGAAGAAAUGAGCAGAAUGGUGCAGCAGCUCAUAUUAUUCAAGAAGAUACAAAAAUGUUACAGUAUCAUUGUGCCACUCUGGUUGACAAUGAAAUUCCUGGCCUGCCAAAGGCUGUGCAAAAGUCUGGUAGACCUCUAAAAUCUGUCAAGCAAAGAUUGAAAGGUAAAGAGGGCAGAGUUCGGGGAAAUCUCAUGGGGAAACGUGUGGAUUUUUCAGCCAGAACUGUCAUCACACCAGACCCUAACCUAAGAGUUGACCAGGUCGGUGUACCAAGAACUAUUGCCCAAAACAUGACAUUCCCAGAGUUGGUCACUCCCUUUAACAUUGACAGGAUGCAGAAUCUGGUCAGGAGGGGUGCCAAUCAGUACCCUGGUGCCAAAUACAUUGUCCGAGACAAUGGUGAGCGCAUUGAUUUGAGGUACCACCCCAAAGCUAGUGACAUACACUUACAGAUAGGCUACAAGGUGGAGAGACACAUGAUAGACAAUGAUGUGGUGGUCUUCAACAGACAGCCCACCCUGCACAAGAUGAGUAUGAUGUGUCAUAGGGUGAAAGUAUUACCCUGGUCUACCUUUAGGCUUAAUCUCAGUGUAACAACACCAUACAAUGCUGACUUUGAUGGAGAUGAGAUGAAUCUGCAUCUGCCACAGUCUUUGGAGACAAGAGCAGAAAUUUACAACUUGGCUGCUGUUCCUCGUAUGAUCAUCACACCACAGGCUAAUAGACCUGUCAUGGGUAUUGUACAGGACACACUUUGUGCUGUCAGAAAAAUGACUAAAAGAGAUGUCUUCAUAGACAGGGCCCAAAUGAUGAAUCUGUUGAUGUUUCUGCCCACUUGGGAUGGACGCAUGCCUCAGCCAGCCAUUCUGAAACCUGUACCACUGUGGACAGGUAAACAGUUAUUCUCCCUUAUCAUCCCAGGCCGUGUCAACUGUAACAGAACCCACUCUACACAUCCAGACUCUGAGGACAAUGGUCCUUACAAGUGGAUCUCUCCAGGAGAUACCAGGGUGUUAAUUGAAGAUGCUGAACUCAUCAGUGGCAUCAUUUGUAAAAAGGCUCUGGGUACUUCUGCUGGCUCAUUGGUUCACAUUGUGUUCUUGGAGAUGGGUCAUGAUAUAGCUGGAGAGUUCUAUGGCAACAUUCAGACAGUGGUCAACAACUGGCUGCUUAUAGAGGGCCACAGCAUUGGUAUUGGUGACACUAUUGCUGACCAACAGACUUACCAAGAUAUUCAGGACACUAUCAGGAAUGCUAAGAAUGAUGUGAUAGACGUUAUUGAAAAAGCACACAAUGAUGAACUUGAACCCACACCUGGUAAUACUCUUCGACAGACUUUUGAAAAUCAGGUGAACAGAAUUCUGAAUGCUGCUCGUGACAAGACUGGUAGUAAAGCCCAACAGUCCUUGUCAGAAUUCAACAACUUCAAGUCUAUGGUCGUUUCUGGUUCCAAGGGAUCAAAGAUUAACAUCUCUCAGGUCAUUGCUUGUGUGGGUCAGCAGAACGUUGAAGGAAAACGUAUCCCAUUUGGUUUUAGAUAUCGCACACUACCUCAUUUCAUCAAAGAUGAUUAUGGUCCUGAGUCCAGAGGGUUUGUGGAGAACUCUUAUCUAGCCGGUCUGACGCCUUCUGAGUUCUACUUCCAUGCUAUGGGAGGUCGUGAAGGUCUUAUUGAUACAGCUGUCAAGACUGCAGAAACUGGCUACAUUCAACGUCGGUUGAUCAAGGCCAUGGAGAGUGUGAUGGUCAAAUAUGACGGCACUGUGAGAAAUCAAGUUGAACAACUGGUUCAGCUGAGGUACGGUGAGGAUGGACUUGAUGCAUGCUGGGUAGAGUUUCAGUCUAUUCCUACUCUUAAGCCAUCAGAUAAAGCAUUUGAAAAAAGAUUCCGUUUUGAUGCUACAAAUGAGAGGUCUAUGAGGAAACAUUUGAAUGAAGAGGUGAUCAAAGACAUGAUGGGCGAUGCCAGUCUGAUGGCUGAAAUAGAAAGAGAAUGGGAACAAUUGAAUGAAGACAGGUCUAACAUCCGACAAGUGUUUUCAACUGGUGAUGCCCGCAUUGUGUUGCCCUGUAACAUGGACAGAAUCAUGUGGAAUGCACAGAAAAUAUUUAGAAUUGAUAAACGCAAACCCUCUGAUCUGCAUCCUCUGAAAGUCAUAGAAGGUGUCAGAGACUUGUGCCGUAGGCUAGUUAUUGUAGUGGGUGAGGACAGGAUCUCUUACCAAGCUAAUGAGAAUGCCACUCUGUUGAUGAAGGCUUUGAUUAGAUCAACAUUGUGCACCAAGCGUGUGGCUGAAGAGCACUGUCUAACUUCUGAGGCAUUUGAAUGGGUGCUUGGUGAAAUAGAAACCAAGUUCCAGCAGGCAAUGGCACAUCCUGGAGAAAUGGUUGGCGCUCUGGCUGCCCAAUCUCUUGGAGAACCUGCAACCCAGAUGACACUGAACACUUUCCAUUAUGCUGGUGUAUCUGCCAAAAACGUCACACUUGGUGUGCCUCGUUUGAAAGAGAUUAUAAAUAUCUCCAAGAAACCCAAAACCCCAUCUCUCACUGUGUACCUAUUGGGUCAGGCUGCACGUGAUGCAGAGAGAUGCAAAGAUGUCUUGUGUCGCCUGGAGCAUACAACACUUCGUAGGGUCACAGCCAAUACAGCUAUUUAUUAUGACCCUGACCCAAUGAACACUGUGAUUGCUGAAGACCAAGAAUGGGUCAGUAUCUAUUAUGAGAUGCCAGAUUUUGAUGCCUCAAGAAUAUCUCCUUGGCUUCUUCGUAUUGAACUUGACAGAAAGCGUAUGACAGACAAAAAACUCACCAUGGAACAGAUCUCUGAGAAAAUUCAAUCUGGGUUUGGUGAUGAUCUGAACUGUAUUUUCAAUGAUGAUAAUGCUGAGAAGUUGGUACUGAGAAUAAGAAUUAUGAAUUCAGACAAUACCAAAUACCAAGAUGAAGAAGAAGUGGUUGACAAAAUGGAGGAUGAUGUUUUUCUGCGUUGUAUUGAAGCCAAUCUUUUGUCUGACAUGUCUCUACAAGGCAUUGAAGCUAUUGCUAAAGUUUACAUGCAUCUACCAAAUACAGAUGACAAAAGAAGAAUUCAUAUUACUGAAGAGGGUGAGUUUAAAGCUGUGAGUGAGUGGAUCUUAGAAACUGACGGUUCAAGUUUAACUAAGGUACUCAGCGAGAGAGAUGUAGACCCUGUCAGGACCUACACAAAUGACAUUGUGGAAGUUUUUGAUACCUUGGGUAUUGAAGCUGUGCGUAAAGCUAUUGAACGUGAGAUGAACCACGUCAUCUCUUUUGAUGGUUCUUAUGUCAACUAUCGCCAUUUGGCCCUGCUUUGUGAUGUUAUGACCUCCAAGGGUCAUUUGAUGGCCAUUACUCGUCAUGGUAUUAACAGACAGGAAACUGGUGCUCUGGCUAGGUGUUCUUUUGAAGAAACGGUUGAUAUUUUGAUGGAGGCUGCUUCUCAUGCUGAGAUUGAUCCAAUGAAAGGUGUCUCUGAAAACAUUAUGUUGGGGCAGUUGGCUAAAAUUGGAACUGGUUGCUUUGAAUUGCUUCUUGAUGCAGAGAAAUGUAAAUAUGGUAUGGAAAUUCCAUCUCAGCUUGGCCCUGGACAGUUAGCAGGUGGAGCUGGAACUGGUAUGUUUUUUGGUGCUGCAGGAUCACCAACAAGUUCAAUGUCACCACAGAUGACCCCAUGGGGUCAAGUUGGCACACCAGGCUAUGCUAGUGCCUGGUCUCCUGGAGUAGGCAGUGGCAUGACACCAGGUGGUGCUGGAUUCUCUCCCUCUGCUGCCAGUGAAGCUGGCUACUCUCCAGCCUAUUCUCCUGGCUGGUCACCACAGCCUGGAUCUCCUGGUUCUCCCAGCUCUCCUUACAUUCCAUCUCCACGUGGAGCUUCCUCGCCUGGCUACUCCCCAUCAUCUCCAGUCUACUUGCCAAGUUCACCAGCCAUUGCUACACCCCAGAGCCCAAGCUACUCUCCAACUUCCCCAUCUUACUCCCCCUCCAGCCCUGGCUAUUCACCAACCAGUCCAAAGUAUUCACCAACUUCUCCCUCUUACUCUCCUACCAGCCCGUCUUAUUCCCCCACAUCUCCUUCAUAUUCACCAACGUCCCCCUCUUAUUCCCCAACCUCCCCCUCCUAUUCACCUACCUCUCCAAGCUACAGCCCAACAAGCCCCUCCUACUCGCCUACAUCCCCUUCCUAUUCUCCAACCAGCCCAUCUUACAGUCCUACAAGCCCAUCUUAUUCCCCUACAAGCCCAUCUUAUUCUCCCACUUCUCCUUCAUACUCCCCAACCUCUCCUUCUUACUCUCCCACUUCCCCAUCAUACUCUCCCACUUCCCCAUCUUAUUCCCCAACUUCCCCAUCUUAUUCUCCCACCAGUCCUGGGUACAGUCCCACAAGUCCAUCCUAUUCUCCAUCUUCACCCAAUUAUUCCCCAACUUCUCCUUCUUACUCUCCCACGUCUCCUUCAUACUCCCCUACAUCCCCAUCCUAUUCUCCCUCCUCUCCUUCAUACUCUCCAUCUUCUCCAUCUUACUCUCCCUCCUCACCAAACUACUCUCCCUCAUCCCCAUCAUACUCUCCUAGCUCUCCAAAGUACAGCCCAUCUUCACCAUCUUAUUCUCCUACAUCACCAUCUUACUCUCCAUCAUCUCCGCAGUACUCUCCAAGCUCACCAAAGUAUUCCCCAUCUUCCCCUCAGUAUUCCCCAUCUUCCCCACAGUAUUCCCCAUCUUCUCCAUCUUACUCCCCCUCAUCCCCCAAAUAUUCCCCAACCUCACCAAGGUACAGCCCAACCUCCCCAGACUACUCCCCUUCCUCCCCACAUUACUCCCCAACCUCUCCCUCUUAUUCCCCUUCAUCCCCCAACUAUUCUCCAGCUUCACCAACCUACUCUCCAUCAUCAUCGCCCAAGUAUUCUCCCACAUCGCCCACCUCCUCCCCUGCAUCGCCUGGCUACUCCCCAAGCAGUCCAGCGUACUCUCCCAACACUCCUCAUUACAGCCCCACUAGCCCUCAUUAUGGCACUGAUCUGGAAGAUGAUGACCAGCCUUAAGUGCCAUGCCAACUGUUUUAUUGAAUGUCUAUUCAUAUCAUGCCAACUGUUUUAUUGAAUGUGUAUGGUAUUCAUAUGCCAACAUUUUUUUUCUUGUGAAUUGUGAUGAUUAUUCUUCUUCUAUUCUAGUGAAGAAAUAACAGUUUUCAAAAGUUUUCAACAUUAAGUUGUUUCUUGUGUUUUAUUUGCAUUCAUUCCUUUCAACUGGUUUAUCAUAAGUUUGACUUAAGAUAGUUUGUUCUUAUGUAUGUGGCUUUUGAAUUUAUUCAUUAUAUCUCACUAAAUGUUGGAUCUUAGUUUCAUGUAUAUAAAAGAAUUACCUUUGUAGAUAGUUUCUAAUGAGUUUCCUACAAUUUGGAUGGGAACAAAUGAAAGCAAAACUAUGUUUCUAUUGAUUUUUGUUUUUGUAAUGACAAAUUAUGAAAAGUAAUUGUGUUACUUGUUGAGAUGUCAAUAAAUGAUGGAAAACGUC